AUGAGGACAGGCCUCCUCUGCCCCCUGGCCCUUCUGUUCCUCCUUGGCCAGACCACAGGGAAUUUGGAGCCCCUGGUCCCUGGCCCCAGUUCCAGCUCUUUCCUUGACUCUGUGUUCGGCUCCAACUUCAUCUCUGGCCCCAGCUCCAAUGACAGCUUCACUCCCAGCCCUGGCUCCGAGUCUCAGUCGCUUUCCAAUUUCACUGGCUUCGAGGAUGACCACGGGACCUGCCACUGCUCCGUGACCCUCCCAGACACGACCUUUCCCGUGCAGAGAGUGGAACGCUUGGAAUUCACAGCUCACGUUCUCUCCCAGAAGUUCGAGAAAGAGCUUUCUAAAGUAAGGGAGUAUGUCCAAUUAAUCAGUGUGUAUGAAAAGAAGCUUUCAAACCUAACUGUCCGAGUAGAGAUCAUGGAAAAGGACACCAUUUCUUAUACUGAACUGGACUUUGAGCUGAUCAAGAUAGAAGUGAAGGAGAUGGAGAAACUGAUCAUACAGCUGAAGGACAAUUUUGUUGGAAGCACGACUAUUGUUGACCAGCUGGAAGUGGAGAUAAGGAAUAUGAGUCUCCUGGUAGAGCAGCUCGAGACGCUAGACAAAAACAACGUCCUUGCCAUUCGCCGGGAAAUCCUGGCUCUGAAGAACAGGCUGAAGGAAUGUGAAGCCUCUAAAGGUGAAAAUGUUACUGUCUCCGCACCGCCUCCUGCCCCUGGGAGCUGUGGCCAUGGUGGUGUAGUGAAUAUCAGCAAGCCGACCAUCGUUCAGCUCAACUGGAGAGGGUUUUCCUUUAAGUAUGGUGCCUGGGGUCGGGAUUACUCUCCCCAGCAACCAAAUGGAGGGCUGUAUUGGGUGGCACCUCUGAAUACAGAUGGGAGACAUCUGGAAUAUUACAGACUCUACAAUACCCUGGAUGAUUUGCUAUUGUAUAUAAAUGCCCGAGAAUAUCGGAUUACCUAUGGCCAAGGCAGUGGUACAGCGGUUUAUAACAACUACAUGUAUGUCAACAUGUAUUCCAGCCAGAAUAUUGCCAAAAUUAACCUGAAUGACAACAGGGUUGAAGUGACUCAAACUGUCCCUGAUGCCGCCUAUAAUAACCGCUUUUCGUAUGCUAAUGUCGAUUGGCAAGAUAUUGACUUGGCUGUGGAUGAGAAUGGGUUGUGGGUGAUUUAUGCAACCGAAGCCAGCACUGGUAACAUGGUGAUUAGCAAACUCAAUGACACCACACUCACGGUGCUAGACACUUGGUAUACGAGACAGUAUAAACCAUCGGUUUCUAACGCCUUCAUGGUGUGCGGGGUUCUGUAUGCCACCCGCACUCUGAACACCAGAGAGGAAGAGAUAUUCUACUACUAUGACACAAACACAGGGAGAGAGGGCAGUCUAGACGUUGUAAUGCCUAAGAUGCGGGAGAGAGUUCAGAGCAUUAACUACCACCCUUUUGACCAGAAACUUUUCGUCUAUAAUGAUGGUUACCUUCUCAAUUAUGAUCUGAUCUUUAACAAGGAACCCAAGUAA